GCCAGAGUCCAGAAAUCGAGAACCACCUCAGAGACAGGUAUCCGUACCUAAGUCGAGAAGAGCAAGAAAAAAGGAGAAUGAUGCCGUCGGCUGCAGGGUCGACUUUUGGUUUGAUUAUGUUCGGACGUUUAGUUGCACUUGCGAGUGGCCGCUGUGUAGACUUGCUUCUUCCUCGUUCCUUUCUCUCCGGCGGUUGUCUCGUCCGCGCCUGGUGCUUGGAUCCCUGGGAUGGAAUUGAAUUAUUGGAAAAUCAAACUUCUGCUGGUCUCGCCUCCCGCCGUCACGGUUCACGGCCUGUCUAAUAUGUCUGUUCCUCUCUUCCCCUCUUCCAUCGUGCCCACACCAGUCGACCCGUCUCUUGUUUUGGUUUUCAACUUGACAUACAGACCGUCGCACGGGAAGACGACGGGGGGGACGCCGCCGCGCAUGCGCAGUCGCACACCGCGCAGGUCCUUCAACCCAUCUUCACUCCAAUCCAGACUCAUGGGACGUGAGUUGAUGGGGCAGCGGGCGAUGCUUGAUGAACUGGCAUACUGCGUAGCCCCGACUGAGUAUCUCUGGCCGGGGCGGUCGGCAGUGAUGGCCCAGAAACGUAGAGGUCAUUGCCCGAUAGAGCUUGACAUGGGAUGUGCUGCAGACUUGCUGCGAGUGGCGGCAUCACCAGGUACCACGACCACCACCGUAGUAUCGUACGCCGCGAAGGCUACGAGAAAAGACGGAGAGCAGAAAAUAACACCAGGCUGUGCCCGCGAAGCAACUCUGCACAUGCAAGCCCACGGCAGCAACACAGCCAGCAGGAAUGUACCCGGAAGGGUGCCAAGUAACGACACGGACAGAACGAUCCGUGUAGAAUACCUCGGCCAGUUGAAGGGGGCACGGUGCGACCGACCAGGGUAGGAAAACGGGGAGCAAGCCGCUCACGCCGUUGGAUGAUGCCCUAGACGAAAGUGACUCCUCUUCAACUGGCUCAACAGCGGAUCAAGACACAAACUCUGGAUUGGAGUAAUACCUCUGCGGCGCGGGGCACGUGCAGGAGGAACUUUGAAUAAGAGGUGAGCACCUCGGCGCUGCGCAGUAAUGCAAUGUGCCUGUUGUGUAUGUGUUGU